AUGUGGGGCCUCUUGCUGGCCUCCUUGGCCGCCCUCGUCGCCGCCGUCGUCGUCUGGCAGGCGUCGCAAGAGCUCCUCCAGCCCCCCCGCCCUCGCUCGCUGUCGCCAUCAGAGCGACCCUGUGCGACGGCGGGACCGGUACUUGCCGCACACCUGUCGAGCAUCAACCUCGACGGCCUCACCAUCAUCCCCAUCACCCGCCUGCCGCAAAUUCGCGCCCGCAUCCCGCUCCCCCUCCUCUCCAAGACCCUCGUCAUCCACGCCGACCUCACCGCGUCCGAGCUCGUCUUCAAGCGCCUCCUCGUCGGGUCCGUCGCGACGACCGGGCGCGACAUCGGGCGCGAGCCCGUCGAGCUCGCGGCCAAGGACCUCGACCUCGAGAUGACGGGCAGCAUCGGCCUGCGUCUCGCGCUCGGCCUGAGCAAGCCGGGCGCGACCAGGGCGCAGGACAUGGUCGGCCGGGGCUGGACGUGGAAGCCGUCCGGCCGGCUCGAGCUCGCCCUGCGCGGUGCGGCGGCAUCCGUCCUCGUCCAGCUCGUCCAGGCGCCCGAGGUCCUCGAGGACGUCGAGGUCAACGACUCGCACCCGUCGACGGCGCGCCUCGCGUGCACCUCGUCGACUUUCGUCCCCGGCACCAUCUCGCUCCUGUCCCUCCAGGGCUUCUUCCCGUUCCGGUUCAUCGAGACGGUCACGCACCACCUGCGCAACACGGCCCUCGUGCGCGUCCCGACCCAGCACCUCGUCGGGUUCCUCGUCCGCAAGGGCGUCGAGGGCCGCAUCCCGACCGAGCUCCUCGGCGACCUCGCCCACUUUGUCGGCAAGCACGUCCACACCGAGGCGUACGGCUCGAUCACGCGGCAAGAGCGCGACGACGUCCUGCGGCGCUUCUACCCGACGCCGCCGCCCGCACCCUCCUCCUCGUCCGCGACCAACCCUGCCCCGCGCAAGCACAUGCGCUUCUCGGCCCUCUUCUACGGCGAGACGGUCCUCCACAGCAUGUCGAUCCCGGCGUCAAAGACGGCCGACGUUGGCAACGGCGACGCCGCGUCGUCGUCGUCGGCCAAGAAGGGCGAGACGCCCGUCGCCCUCUUUUCCCGCCUCGACGCGACCGGCCUGCGGUACACGCUCCUGUCGUCGCCGCUCCUCAACCAGGUGACGCGCGGCCCGCCAAAGGCGACGUUCGGCCCGGGCACGUUUGACCGCCUCGCGUGGUCCUCGGCCCACAUCGAGCUCGCGCCCGCGCCCGUCACCCUCCUCGAGGGCUCGAGCGCCGGCCCUACCGGCCCCGGCGACGCAGCCUCGGCGGUGGCGCCGAGCGAGCGCGAGCUGGUCCUGCGCGUGCACGGCCUCGACGCGGCGCUCACUCUCGGCUUCCGCCUCGCGGCCGAGCUGCGCAGCGCGCCGAGCCUCCUCACGGGCCGCAAGACGCUCGAGGAGCGCGGCGUCGCCGUGACGCGCAUCGGCGAGCGCGCGCUCGACGGCACGGUCGCGGGCGACAGGAGGAGCGUCGUUGCGGACGAUGAGGAGGACGAGGGCGCGGGCGAGGGCAUCUCGAUCCACUUGCCGCUGAGGUGGGACAAGGUGAGCGGGAGGGUCGUCCUCUCGGGCUCGUUUGACGCCGAGGGCUCGACGGGUGGGGCAGCGGGCGAGCAGGCGCUCGCAGGUCCAGCGCCGUCGCGCCUGUCGUCGGCAGGCUCGUCGUCGUCGAGGAGGGGCGGCGCGCCACCGCGCAAGAUCCGCCUCGAGGGCGCGUUCGGCACGGUCGCGCCGCGCAUCAAGCUCGAGAGCAAGCUCGGCAAGGCGCUCGGCGAGAAGGUCGUCAAUGCGCUCCUCGAUGCUGUACAAUCGCACCUCGCCGCCCUCACCGCCCCGCUCGCGUCGUACUUCCUCGCCGACGUCAUCCGCCAGAAGCUGCAGCGCGCGCUCGACGAGGUUGCCGAGAAGUUGCAGGACGAGGGAGGCGUGAUCUGGAGCGACGGCGAGGGCCAGAUCCUCCAACCCGGGCCAAAGCUCGGCUGAGGGUCGCUCUCGAGGACUCUCCUUGUAUCGAUGUACAUCUAGGCAAAACUCUCUGCGACCU